AUGGAAAAAUCUUUGCAAGAGUUUGUGAAUGCUAAGAAAGCAACCAAAGAAGCAGAUGAAUAUAUAAAUCCUUAUGGUCCUAAUGUGUCACAAUUUGAAGGGGAUAUGGCAGAAGGUGAAGAAGAGGUUCAAGAAAUGCAAAGUCCUAUGGAAGCUAGUAGUGGAAAAAGGAAAAAAUCAACAAUUGAUAAGUAUUUUGCACCAAGAAAUACACAAGGAGCUCAACCUUCCACGAGGAGUGUGCUAGCUGGGAAAGAAGCUACUUGGAGAGCGGAUAUGGCGGUUGGGAGAUUCUUUUAUGAUGCAUGCAUUCCUACUAAUGCUGUGAAUUCCUUCUACUUCAAGCCAAUGUUGGAUGCUAUAUCUGCAAUUGGUCCUGGAUAUAAGGGUCCAAAUUACUAUCAGUUGCGGAUUAAUCUUUUAAAGGAUGCUAAGAAGGAAGUUCAGUUACUUGUGGACUCUUAUAGUGCAAUUUGGGCAAAAGUUGGGUGUACAAUAAUGGGUGAUGGUUGGACAGAUAACAGACAAAGAACACUCAUCAACUUCCUUGUGUAUUGUCUUAAAGGAAUAUUGUUUGUGAAAUCUGUUGAUGCUUCGGACAUUGUCAAGGAUGCAACUAAUUUGUUUCAGUUAUUUGAUGAGGUGAUUGAAUGGUUGAGAAAAAGGGAAGGAUGGAUAAAGAUUCUGCGACCUGGUGCAACUCACUUUGCUACUACUUUCAUUGCACUCAAGAGUCUUCAUGAUCAUAAACAUGACUUGCAAGCUUUGGUAACUAGUAAGUUCUUUGUGGACUCUAGAUAUUCAAAGGAUUAUAAAAGCCAAGUUGCAGUUUCCAUCAUCUUGGAUAAUAGAUUUUGGAAUGAUUGUUUGAUUGUUGUGAAUUUUAUGUCUCCACUAAUGCGUUUAUUGCGUAUUGUUGAUUGUGAUGAGAGGCCUUCAAUGGGAUAUGUGUAUGAAGGCAUGUAUAGGGUUCGUUUGGGCAUUAAGAAAUUGUUUAACUACAGCGAAAGACUAUACAAGCCUUAUACAGAGAUCAUAAAGCAACAUUGGGAUCAACAACUAAAGAAAAGCAUUCAUUCAGCAGCUUAUUGGUUGAAUCCAUGUUUCCAAUAUGAUCAGGAAAACUUUUGUAAUAAGCCAAAUGUUAUUGGAGGUGUUAUGGAUGUUAUUGAUCACAAAGUUUUGAAAGACAAGAUUGAAACAAUGAAUGAAAUGAGGUUAUUUCGUGAUCGAUUGAAAAGUUUUGGAAGAGACCUUACUUAUUCUUCACGUGAAGUACUUCAACCUGAUGAAUGGUGGAGGCUACAUGGAUACAGUGCAUCACAUUUACAAAAGUUGGCCAUUCAAAUAUUAAGCCAAACCGCAUCGUCUUCUGGAUGUGAGAGGAAUUGGAGUGUCUUUGAAUGUAUACAUACCAAAAGAAGGAAUAGAUUGGAACAUCAAAGGCUUAAUGAUCUUGUAUAUGUUCAUUACAAUUUGCGGCUAAAAAAUCGGUUUUAUAACAAGAAAAGAAUCUAUGAUCCCAUUGACUAUGCAUGCAUUGAUGAGACCGAUUUUUGGGUAGUUGAUGACGAUCAGCCAGCAGAGCUAGAUGUUGAAGAAUUGGAAAAUCUUCUAUAUGAAGAAGGGUCAAUUCUAAUAAAUGAAGUAGAAGGUUCAAGUUCUCACAUUGAUGAUGAGGAUGGUGGUGACAUGGCUAGAGAAGGGCUUGAUGUGGAGAAUUUUGGUUUUCCAAAUGCUCAUUUUCAAUCUCCAUAUUCCAAUUUCCCAAAUGAAUGAAGACAUGAAU